AUGAGAAUCCUAGAUUUGUUCAGGGCAGAGGACUCGGUGGCCUUGAUGUGUAUGAUGGGAAUCCAGCCGGGAUUUGCUCAGGGAGAGUGCGGGGUUCUUGGCAGAAUCGGAAUGGAGUAUAUGGGGAGAGCCCACGAGGAUUUCAGUCGAUAUACAGUCAGAAUCGUGCUUGGAGUUGUGUUCAUCAGCAAAAUCACAUUCCUCAGAGUAGUAGGGUUAGUGGACAUGGGGAAACAUGGCAGGAGAUUAAUGCUUAUGACCACGGAAACCUCAACUGGAACAGGUGGCAGAAUCCAAACACAAGCACAGGAGGACAAUACUGGACAAACUCUAAUAAUCAGAAUGGGUCAGUUGAAAAAUGCCGUAAAUGUUAUCAAGUCGCUGGCAAGUAAGGGUCACGUGGUGGAUUUACCUUACAGGUGGCGCAACUAUGUGGGGAAGCAGAGGCUUUACAAGAGGCCAAGACGCCUCGCGCCUUUUACAACCAAGGUUGAGAUGCUUGCAGCACCCGGUUAUCUGGGUGAAGCCUUGGAAUUUGCCGAGAAGAUGCCAAUGGAACCAAGUGUUGACGUGUGGGAAACACUGAAGAAUCUCUCUUGGGUUCAUGGAGAUUUGGAGCUCGGAGAUCGGUGUGCUGAGCUGGUUGAGCAACUAGACGCAACAAGGCUGAAUAAACAGUCAAGGGCAGGUCUGAUGGUGGAAAUGGGAUAUGUCCCUCUUCUCAGAUGUGUUUUGCGAGACUUUGACCCAGAGGCUGAGGAGGAGGACCUUCUUGCGCAUACCGAGAGAUUAGCCUUCGCUAAUGCUCUUCUCAUCUCUCCUGCCCGUUCUCCUAUCCGGGUGACGGAAACUCUCCGUGUCUGUGUUGAUUGCCACAGCGCAAUUAAUCUCAUGUCAAAAACAGUUGGCAGAGAAAUCUACUGA